UCCACAUACUAUCAGAAGUCACGGACAGAAUAAGCACAAUAACAACAAUAAAUGUGUAUUAACCACUAUUUACAUGGACUCACAGCAGGCCUUCGGCUCAUAAAGAGUAUGUUACUGAACGAGUUAACAAGCGUCUUGUCAUCUUGCUCGUUGGCGAAGGAUUGGUGUAGUUAUGGUAAUCAUUAUUUAUCAAUAGAUAUUGAUUGGAUUGAGAAUGGACGCGCUAGGAGAUAAGAUAAUCUUCUUCACACUCUUGGCCUUCAAAAGCACUUUGUUAUGCAGCUUAUUUUUCCAAAUCGGUAGCUCUGUUCAGUCAAGUCUGGAUUGCAACAGUUCUAACGGGACUGUUUUAACAUGCCAGUGGUUGCACGAUGUAUUUAAUAACACAGAGGCUCAUGUUAAAAUUGACAGCAUAUUUUGGGUUAAAUUCACGAAUAAUAAAGAACAAGUGAGUGAGUUUUAUACAAAUUGCUCUACAAAUGCUGUGACGAGUUCUGCUUCCUGCACGAUCACGGUCCCACGUACUCAGCCCAGAUGUCUGAACGGUUUAAAAAUCAACUUCUCUGCUGUCUCCCGGGAAGAAAAUGUCACCAAUAUCCUUACGUUUGCACGUUCUCAAGCGGUCCUUUCACCUCCGAGUGCGAUCAGAGCAGUGGCGAUCAAUACCCGUGAAAUAAAAAUUAGUUGGGCGCCACCUUCGGACAUUGGUUGUUUUCGCACUUAUUUCUGCGUUGAAUUGGAGUAUAUUUCAGGACUGGAUAAUUGGAGCAAAGAUACAGAUGCAAGUAGGUGUCAUCAGGAGAAUCCUUGGCAUUUGACGAAGCUUUCCCCUGGCACUCUAUAUGGGAUUCGGAUGAGAGCAAAGGUCGACUCUCGUAGGGCGCAGUAUGGGCCCUGGUCUCAGAAUGUUACGCAACAAACACUGGAAGAAGCACCAAGCGGACUAGUUGAUGAUAUCAUAUCGAAAAGCGAGAGGGUGGACAGUGACCCGUACAAAAGGAAUGUUCGUUUGAGUUGGAAAGCUCUUGGUGUGAAUAGCAGUUCCGUUUCAUCGCCUUCUUUGAAAUACAGUGUUGUCAUUCGAUCGCUGCAGCGCAACUGGAUAACUAAUGGUACAUCUAUAACUAUACCAGAUCUGGAAAUGUUCUCAAAAUAUUGCGGAUCGAUACAUGCAUUUAACAGUGGUGGCAACGGAGAGAGGGCGACAUUUUGCAUACCUGAUAACAGUUCGGUGCCUCGAAUUCCAUCAGUGAAUUUCACAUCACAUCCCACAUCGAUACUUGUAUCUAUAUAUACGCCUAAACUACCGAAUGGUGUCAUCCGAAAGUACGAGAUCAGAUGGAAGGAAGAUUGCUCAACCUGUUUGGAUUCCUGGUCGAAUAUCACAUUGAAUGUCACAAGCAAGGAUUGGUUAGCCCCUAACUCACUUAUUGAGAAAGAUAUUUCACUCCUCCAGCCAAGUGCGUGGUACAUAAUCGAGAUAGAGGUAUUCAACAAAGAAGGAAGUUCCAAAUGUUCAAGGAGACUAAAGACUGGCCUUAAUGCACCCUCUGCGCCUCCGCGUAAUGUCACGAUCACCACGGUCAAAGAUGAGCCAGAAGUUGUGGAUAUUACCUGGACUUCUGAUGAAAGUGAUGUUAUGGUCUCUGGUUAUCAAAUACUUUAUUGUGCUUUGGAUGACGCUAACUACGGGCACAACACACAUUGCAAUGAUUCUGAGAAGAUCAUCAGGUUCAACAGGUCAGAUGUUGGUGAACAAAAUCUAAUCCGGAUCAGUAGCUUGAUCCCAUUCACCAGGUAUUCGUUCCGACUCCAGCCAUUCAACAAUGCUGGUCCUGGCCCGAUCAGCGCUCCGGUUGUCGUUAGAACGCUUCGAGGAGUCCCUUCUCCUCUGGAAGAUGUGAACGUUUCACUGACGUCAUCCUUCGGGUUUGCUGAUUUCACGUGGUCAGAACCUCUACGGCCAAACGGCGUAACCUACUACGAAAUCAGCUACAAUGGAAACUCGGUCCGAACAAACUCAACUUUCGUUCAGCUUAAGGUCUACGGUGAUAGUGUCUAUGAUGUCGGUGUAAGAGCGUGUAGUACAGAGGGUUUAUGUAAUGCAGCGAUCAAGAAGACAUUUAAAACCCCUAUUGGUGCACCAUCGUCGCCACGUCUCGGGAAGGUCCUGCCAAGUGGACCAACAACGGUCAAGGUCUACUGGGACCCACCGGAGCACCCCAAUGGUCCUAUCAAAGACUACAUCAUCAAGACACGUUCGGCAUCGAUAGCUAACCAGCAUAACGUAAUUUCCAAAGUCGUAGAUGUCGACCGGAGGGAGGACGACGUCCUGGUCGAAUGCGGGGAUGACGUCGGAGAAGACGAGGAAUUUCGAGUCGAAAUCUUUGCUCGCACAGUCAAUGAACAUGGGUUAAAACUGGACGGUGAGAGCGAUACUGCGAGAGUUGACAUGUGCGGGGCUAAAAAAUACGUACCAGAUAUGGUAUACGUCCUGCUCAUCAUUCCAGCACUCAUCUUCGUUGUCCUGCUCUUCGCAAUCAUCUACCGCCAGUGGUUCAAGGAGUCUCGAAAACUGAAUAUUUACCUCUCAGCCAUUGCUAACGUUCGGAAGAGGAGCAGGCGCCUUCAGCAAUUACGCAUCCCAAAGCCUAUGGAGCCCGAACGUGAGACAUUCGACGUUAUCAACCAAUGUCCAUCCAAUAUUUAUAUCGAAGACAAGCUACACAAAGACAAGGAACUCAUUUAUCACCUGCUCGUUACAGAUGGGACAACCAAGAACGUGCCUUCUUCAGAGGGCUACACAUGCAUGACAAAGUACAAGUCGUGUUCGGUCUUAUCAACACGUCCGGAGUCCCUGCGGCAGGAUGUUUGUGACGCCAUCAACGGCAAAGGCAGGUCAAGUGACAGUAAUGGUUACCUUCCGAAUGGAAUCGGCGGUAGGAUAUCGAAGCUCACCGUACCAUGUGUCGAAUCACUGAGCAAAAAACUACUGUCUGUGCCGGCAAAUUCUUACCUGACGCAAUCUUUGCCGACGAUUGACGUAUUGACAAACCCUUCCCCUUAUCGAGACAAAAAGGAUGUUGGAUGGGAACAUCAAGGUAUGCAGACAAUUGACAAACCGAAAGAUGUUGCAAAGAAUCCCCCAAAACCAAUACAUAGAACUAAGGAUGGGUCCGUGUCUGAUUAUUGUACUCUUUCAGAGUUGUAAGAAAGACAAAUAGCCGUCACAAGUCUAUUGACAUUCGGUUACUUACAGUACUGUAAGUUACCACUCUGAGUUUAUACAUGUAUGUAGACCAUCGUGAAAAAUCAGCUGAUAAGGUUAUCUUUGGAAAGCGGGCUGUGAUUCCGAACUUACAAACACAAUGAACCAAUUAUAGAUGUGUUACACAAAUACGUCAGGAACAAUUCUUAUGUAUGUAUUGACUGUAUUGACCUGUGACAAGAUGCAUGAUAAUGAUUCACGACCUUUAAGGAAUCCAGUCUUAUGUACCAGUCACAAUGACAAAAGCAUUUUCUUUCUCCAACGAUUAAAACCAUUACGUUAUUUCCAAUGACGUACCUUCUGUCGGUAUGCUUGGACAUGCUUUUGUUGUUGUGACUGCAAUACCGAGCUGCAAUACUAAUAAUGAUUGGCUACAUUUCCAUUAAUGAAAUGAGACCUGUGCUCCAACUGACAAAUUUAAAACAAUGUCAAUAAUCAUGGAAUGGCAGCGAUGCCCCGAACUUUGUCACCUAGAACCGACUACGUUCUCACUUUACACAGUCAUCGGCAAUCGCGCCGCAAGAUGCCGCCCUGUUCAGCGCUACACAGUAGCAAUAUGGGACAGGGACAUCCUUGGGACACCUGUCAUUCGUUUUUACUAAACUUACAUUGUGACCUUUAAUUUUUGUAACGCUAAGAAAGAUGGCAUGGUCGUACCAUUCAGCGGACCUUAUAAUAUGGACCUUUCGGGUGAACGUGAGUCCACUAAAGUAACGUAACGCAAGUAGGUGACAUAAGUCGACUUUUUGUUCACAGUAUACGAAUCGAUGGAGAGAAGCAACGAGAGACACUGGACAGGCUAAAAAUGGCCUCUGGUACCUGACAUAUCAACUGUUUAUGACAACAAAGUGGAUUUCCUUCAAACCACAUCUUUCGCCAGGAUCGUGGACAGGUAGUGUGUGUUUGCGCAGGCUUAUAGUGUAUCGUUGUGCUUCACUGCGUCUUUGUAUGCCGCGUCGUAAACGCAUAACAGGCCAUUUUACGUACUUUUGGCACAUCUAUUUUCGACCAUUCUCUUUGUUGGCGAAGGCACACUUUGUUCUCGUUCAUUACAAAUUAUGUCAUCGCUUGCUUUCCAUAGAAAUUAAUUCAAACCAAAACAGCUGUUUCGACUACAGUUGCAGCGUGUACGAAAAAAAAAUAGAGACGAGAAUUUGCAGCUAAGACAGGGUACGAUAUUCAAAGUGCAAUAUAAAUAUGAAAAUAAAAUGUGUACAUAAUUGAACAUUACAUUUGUUUACAAGUGAUUAAUAUUCUGGGCAGCGUUUAAGGUGACGUUUUAAAGAUUGACCUCUUCGUAGACAUUAUCAACAAUGUCUUGAAAGAUGGAUUCAAAUGCUUCAGUUUUGGAUAAGUAUAUUCUGAGAGACAAUUUUUGCAUUAAUUCAGCAAAGCAAACGAACAAAAUAUUUGUUUAUCUAAAAAAAUCAAUACUUCCUUUUGUCACAAAGUGGGUAGCUUCUUCUGUAUUCAUCCGCUUAUGAUAUAAGAACAUUGAUUAUCGGUAGGAUAUGAAACUGAAAAAAAGGAAGUCCAUUCGACCAGCAAAGUACGUGUGUAUGAUAGUGUAAACAAUUUCUAUUCAGUGCCUAUUAACCUACUGUAUCAGUAAUUCGUUACUUUCAUCUUUUGAUAAUUAUGAUGUUAAUAUCAAUAAAAAGUUUUAACGUGCUUUCACACUACCAUAUGUUUUGUAUUAUAAUUCUAAAUCCAAUUCUUACCCAUUUUUGCUAUAGAAGACCCAGACUCUGAUUUAUAUCACUCAGGAAUACUUUCACAUAAAAUUUUGCACCAUUUUUUGCCAUAAUAAUAAUUUUAAACAUUUUAUUCAUAAAUUGUGCGUCUUACAUUUUCGUUUUGAUUUCUUCAAUACCAUGUAUAUAUAUGUAUAAUAUUCUAUUUAUAUUUUUUGUAUGUUACACAAUAUGCAGUCAAAUAAGAAAAAAAAGAACGUAUGGGAUAAGCUAUUAAAGUUAAACUUUUCAUCUCAUUCUUUGUUUCAUGUUGUCUGUAAUGAUGUACACCUUUUCGCUGAAUCAGAAUAUAAUCAG